CAAUACUUAGCAAGUAAUUAACCAAGCUAAUUAAGAUUCACCUGAUUCCUAUUUCCUAUAUAUCAUCUCACUCCUUCCCUUACAAUCUCCACUACCAUCACACUAGUCUACUAAAUCCUAGUUUCCUUUAUCAGUCUUUCUCUUUGUAACACCAACAAAGAGAGAUGGAGUCCUCAUCAACACCAAAAUUCUAUGCUUACAUAAUCAUUUGCAUGCUCUUCAUCUCUUCAGCCACACCAAUUCUUGGUUGUGGCUAUUGUGGUGGAGGAAAACCACCUAAAAAACACAAACCAGUUAAAAAACCAAUUGUGAAACCACCAGUGACAACUCCAACUCCACCCAUCACAGUCCCUCCAACUUUACCUAUUCCACCAAUUGUGAAACCACCAAUUUCAAUACCACCAAUAACAAUUCCACCAACUUUGCCUAUUCCUCCAAUUGUGAAACCACCAAUAGCAAUUCCACCAACUUUGCCUAUUCCUCCAAUUGUACCAACUUUGCCACUACCUCCAAUUGUGAAACCACCAAUAACAAUUCCACCAAGUUUACCAAUCCCUCCAAUUCCAGGACUCCCUCCAAUUCCAGGAAUCCCUCCAGUUCUUAACCCACCAAGCAAAGGAGGAAGCACACCUUCUUCUCCAAAAAGUCCUUGUCCACCAUCAACAACACCUUCAACAAACACAUGUCCAAUUAACACUUUGAAAUUAGGUGCUUGUGUUGAUUUACUAGGUGGAUUGGUUCACAUUGGUGUUGGUGACCCUGUUGUCAAUCAAUGUUGUCCUGUUCUUCAAGGACUUGUUGAACUUGAAGCUGCUGCUUGUCUUUGCACUACUCUUAAGCUUAAGCUUCUUAACCUUAACAUUUAUGUUCCACUUGCUCUUCAGCUUCUUUUGGCUUGUGGAAAAACUCCUCCUCCUGGUUACACUUGUUCUCUCUAAAAAACCAGUGAAUGAAUGGAUUGAGGAAUAUAUGGUCGAAAUUGACAUGAGAGGAUGUCGAGCCAUGCAAUCUAUUUCUCUCUCUCUCUCUUGAUUGGAAUUGCUGUUGUUUGUUUGGUUUUUAAUUAUUUGUAAAACCAUUUGAUUUUAAUUGAGAUUGUUGCAUGUAUGUUUAAUCCUAGGCAAGUAAAGUUGCAGCAAACAUGCUUCUAUGUAACCUUUUAAAAUUAUUCAUUUUAUUUGUGUUUUUUAUGGUAUUAGAUUCGUAUUAUUAUGCUCUAUUAUAAAAACUCUGUGAUUUUCUGUA